CAAGCUUUAUUUAAAAGCGAUCGGAUCAGGAAACUGGAUGUGUAAUAGACUACUUGACAGUCGAAGCGAAGGAAUUCAGAUGGACAGAUAAAUACAACCAGGAAGUACAACGAGCAGGAAAUAUUAUUGCCUCGGUGGAGCAUUGAACGGCGAAGUGUUUAAAAAAGUUUUGAAAAGGUUUUAAACAGUAAAGUAGUGCUAGUAUAAGUUAGUGAUAAGUUGCACUACGGUCUGACGGCGUUGUUUCAGGCAAGAUGGACACUAAUCCGGAGCGAGGAGAAGGAGCAGCAGCAGCAGCAGCAGCAGAGCCACAGGACAAGGUGCAGUCCUUGAGGAAUCAGGUAGAUGGAGUCAAAAACAUCAUGACGGAGAAUGUGGACCGGAUCCUGGCCCGAGGAGAGAGACUUGAUGACCUCAUGGGCAAGACAAAGGACCUGCAAGCAGGGGCUCAGCAUUUCAAGCAGACAUCUGUGAAGGUUGCUCGCUCUUACUGGUGGAAGAACGUCAAGCUGAUCGUCCUGAUCAUAGUCAUUGUCGUCAUCAUCAUCCUCAUCAUCAUCCUCCUGGCCACAGGAGUCAUCCCUGUCAGCGCCCCUGUGCCUCCUAUAGUCAACCCCACCACCAAGCCAUAAAAAAAUGCACAAAUGUAACAUAAAUAUAGAGUUAAAUCAUUAUUGCAUUCCUCGUGGACAGUAUAAAAUCUAAUGUUCAGAUAAAGCAAAUCACAGCUUUGUGGUGAGACCUUUACCACUUCUGGGUUCAUUUCUUCUGGUUUAGGUUCUAUCUUUUUUUAGCUCACAUUGUAAGUGAAGAACUUUCAAGAGACUUGACAUCCACAUUUGAAAACUUCUUCAGGCAAAUACAAAUUUAGCCCUUCUGUAAUUUCAAUCUCUACAGUUCAAGUUUCUCACCUGUUUUAUCAGGCAAGGUGAAAGUCACUUUACUGGUGGCUGGAGAUGAUAAAUGUGGAUUCCUUCACUCUACUAAAUGUUUUUUUGUUUUUUUUACUGUUGUCUGUUUCUUGACAGUUUGUGUGCAGUGUUCAAUCCAACAUUGUUUUUGCUGUUCUAGGAUGCUGAAGAAAAGGAGCAAACACAAACCUGUAACAAUCUGAAAUUUUUACUAUAAGCCUUAAUCGUGUUUUGAUAUAGGUUUUAAAGUGCUUUCCCUUUUUUCACAGUCUAGACAGAGAGCGUUUGAUUGAUUGUGCACUUGGAAAUGCAUGGAAAGGGUUAUUUUUCCCUUGGUAGACAUUUGAGGCAAGGUGCCCACUCUGUCCACAACUAUAGGAAGGUUACAUCACUGUGUCUCUGCAGUGGAGUCCCAGGAGUUUAUCUGUGAACUGAGUCAAUGAUGGGAGCUACAGGGUGAAAAAGCAGCACAGCAUUUUCAACCAAGUGGUUUUCAUGCCCAACAAAUAUAUGUGGCCUUUAAUGGGGAAAUAUAAGAUCGAAGUGUCAGGAUUAGCUGUUACAAGUCUGUUGUAUAAUGGAUAUCAGUCUCUUCAAUCCAAACAGGUAAGAGACAUCAUUUUCAGAUCCUCUGGCUCCCUCUGCAGGGCCCAUGUCUGCCAACACCCCAAAACCAACUUUAAACUAUUUAUUUAUGAGUAUGUGCAACACCCAUAAACCAAGCUGCAGUUCUUUAGAAUGUAUUUAUUUGAUGCCUUAUGUAAUGAGUUUCUUUCUUUUUUUUUAGCCAGAAAGAAUCGAUAGAAGCUAUAAAAGUUGACAAUCUAGACUUUAUUAAUCCUACAGCAUUAUUUUAAAAUAAUUUUCUUUGAAGUAUACACAAGGCUGUUUCUCCCUUCUAAUUUGUUCUUGUAGUGCAGUACUGUGCUCCAAAUAGUCUGCUUAUUAACACCUAUUUGAUCAAGUGCAUGUACACAUACCAGUAAUAGUACCAGUGAUACCAGAAACCUGCUCAGCUGGCCUGUAAUGGUGGUGAAUGUUUGAUUAAGUAAAAUCUCUUGUGUUGAUAACCAGUGUGUAUAAUGGUUUCAAAGGUCUGAUACUGAAUAAAUAGUCAUUACUUCA